CUAACAAACAUCACACAAUAUUUAUAAAGUCGAAUACCCUCGACAAGAUCCAUAUUCGAUCCUCAAGAACCAUUCCUCUUCGUCUCUAAAACAUGUUUUCGUUCAUCAGCGAUCAACUCGAGCAUCAGAAAAAGGUUUCGAAAGAAGAAAAAACCCUCAAAGAUCUCCAGCAAUCCAGCGGCUCACAUUUUCCCGGCGACGAUUACCGACCGCCCGAUCACAAGAUCGUGUGGCCGGGAACUCACGACUCCGCCACCAACGAUAUCGGCGUUCCUCUGAUCUCCCGACCGCUGGCUGAAUGCCAAACCCUCUCCGUCUACGAGCAGCUCGUCAUAGGCGCCCGAGUUCUCGAUAUCCGAGUCCAGGAGGAUCGCCACGUAUGCCACGGGAUCCUGACGUCAUACGACGUGGACGUCGUCAUCAAUGACGUCAUCAGGUUCUUGUCUGAGACACAUUCCGAGAUUGUGAUACUCGAGAUGCGUACGGAGUUCGGUCACAAGGAUCCACCCGGGUUCGAGGGUUACCUGGCGGACAAGUUAGGGCAGUUUCUGAUUGAGCAAGACGAUAACUUGUUCAACAAGUCAGUGUCUGAGAUUCUGCCGAAAAGGGUGAUCUGCGUCUGGAAACCGAGGGAAUCCCCGAGGCCGAAUCGAGGAGAACCCUUAUGGAAUUCGGAUUAUCUGAAAGAUAACUGGAUCGACACCGAUCUUCCCUGGACGAAAUUCCAGAGCAAUAUGGAGUUUCUUAGCCAGCAGCCGUCGAUAUCUUCUAGAAGAUUCUUUUACCGGGUGGAGAAUACGGUAACACCUAAACCGGAAACCGGGGUCGUGUGGGUUAAACCGGUGACUGACCGGAUCAGAGGAUACGCGAGACUGUUCAUCUCUCAGUGCGUUUCCAAGGGACAUGGAGACAAGCUUCAGAUUUUCUCGACAGAUUUCAUAGAAGGAGAUUUCGUGGAUGCUUGUGUCGGACUUACGCACGCAAGAAUCGAAGGGAGGGUUUGAUGAUUCGGGCAUCGGUCAUUACAAGAACCCGAAGAUUCCUCUGUUGUCGAUUACGUUGCGUGCGUCUUAAGUUACUUGAUUUGUGAAUAACGGACAUGGAACAUAUGUAUCUUCAAAGUUUGAAUAAUUCUACGGUGUUUGGUUUGGAUCGGUUUAUUUA